AUGAUACUGACGUACGUGGUGGCAGUAGAGGCAGCUAUAGCGGGACUCUUAACAUUGCCUUCGCCAAAGCUAUUGAAGUACCGAUUGGUUUCCCUGAUCUCUCUCCUUCUUCAGCCGGCUCUCUUUAUUGUCCCUUUUGCCGGAUUCCAGCUUCUGGAUAUAUAUUGGAAGAAUGAGCAUCGAUUGAUGUGUACUGGCGAGACCUGCACUGCUGCUGAAAGAGAUCGUUAUGAGAAAUCGAUCUACAAAGCUCAAAGGAACGUGAUUCUAUGCGUUUCAGCAUGCCUUCUCUACUGGUGUGUUUAUCGUAUAUGCAAAUAUUACAAGGAGAUUCAGAGUUUGGAGGAAGUGGAGAAGAGGUACAAGGACCAGUAG